AUGCUGUCAUAGUACAUAUUGUUCUUAGCACGCACGAUAUCGUAAUUUUAUUUUUAUUUGAUUUUAUUCAAAGUCCACUGGUACCUGUAACAUAUUGGAAGCUCCAACAACUACCUGUGGUCUUUGUAAUAAUCAAAUUUGAGGGAACUAAAUAUGAAAUAGUUAAGAAAAACAAUAAGCUGCAUACUUGGGGAAAUCAACUACUUGCUCCUUAUUAAGAAAUUGAGCAGAUUAAGGACUAGUCAAAAUGAAAUACUGUAGUCUACUUCUAAUAUUGAUCAUAACUUGUGGUCUGCUAGAAUGUAUGGUUGCAGAGCUUAUCACUAUGUCCUUGAUGGGUGCAGCUUUUAUAACAGGUGGUUGGUACAAAUGGGAUACAAUAAAAGAGAACUCAUAUUGUCGGUUCAUGGAAUGCUGUAAUGCAAAAUAUGUCCCAUAUGACAUUGAGAAGUUAAAGUCAUCACUAUCCAAGUAUAUGUUUGGACAGCCUUUAGUGAAUGAGCUAGGCAGUAUCAUAAGUGCACACAAAGAAGCAGUGCUCAACAACAGCAACCGGAAGGCGCUAGUGAUCAGUCUUCACGGUUGGUCAGGGGUGGGCAAGAACUAUGCCUCUAAUAUGAUUGCUGAGGCUCUAUACAAGAAGGGCACUAAAAGCCAGUAUGUCAAGUUGUUCAUGGGAGACAAAGACUUUAAUUGUGAGGAUUUGGACAAGAAGAAGAAGGAAGUAAUGUCCGAAGUGUUCAGGGUUGUGAAGAGCUGUCCCACAUCUCUAAUAAUAUUUGAUGAAAUACAUGACAUGUGUCCCAGCAUUCUUGACACUGUGAAGCCAUUCCUAGAUCACCAUCAGUCUGUAGAUGGGGUUGACUUUAGAAACAGCAUAUUCAUAUUCAUCUCUAAUAUUGGAGGAGGUCAGAUAGCCUCCACUCUUCUGGAUCUCUAUGGACAGGGAGUGAAGAGGAGUGAUGUAGAGUUCCACAUGUUUGAACCUAUCAUUCGUAAAACGGCAUAUUUUACAGGUGGCUUCAAGCAAUCGUCGACGAUCGCGAACCACCUGAUAGACCACUACAUCCCGUUCCUGCCGCUGGAGCAGCAGCACGUGGAGCAGUGCGCGCUGGCCGAGCUGCGCGCGCACGGCGUCGCCGACCCCACGGACCAGAUGAUGGCAGAUGCCAUGUCGGUAAUAACGUACGGGCCGAGCGAGGCGCAGCCAAUUUUCGCGAACAACGGCUGCAAGAGGUUCACGAAGCACAUUCCCUACGUAGUACAGAAGCACAAACCGAAGAAGGAAAACAGUGAACUAUAAAUAGGCAAAAUAAGUUUCAAUUGUGACAAUUUAAGAAAUCGUGUUCACUUUUAUUCCAAGAUUCGAACUUGUGUUUGAGCUUGUGAGCCAUUGUACCUACCAGCCGGGCUAGGACAUGAUUGGCGCGACAGUAUUGCGCCUGCGAGGUACCUAGACUACAAGUACCUCUUUAAUUAAUACAGUUAAAAAGUGGGAUAGAUCUAGCGGGCGAGAUACUGUGGCACCCUUCCCGUGGUAAUCAUAUAUUUAAAUAGGGAGAUGUCGCCAAUCGAUGACAUGAGAGUUGCCCGCCGAACCUGGUUACAGGUCAAAGUUAUCAUUUUACACAUUAAAAGAACAGUCUAGGAGCCCGGCAGUUUAGUUCGGCUUUUAUGCCAUUAAAUUAUAAGAAUACCAUACCAUCCCAUACAUUAAAAUGCGACCGC